AUGCUGGCCACUUCAUUUGCAACCACUGUGUUGAUUUCUUCUCAGACAUUACCGCACUGGACAUAUCUCAGGCUAGACCGUACUACUGUUGUGCAGUCCUCCUGUGCUGACAUGGAUGAAGGAAGAUCUCUACUGAAUCCAAGAGAGCCAUCACCAGAAGCCACGUUCAACAAAUCCAAACUGUUCCUGGCUGUUUUUGCAGCCGUCUUAGGAAACUUCAAUUUCGGCUAUUCCCUGGUCUAUCCGUCUCCCGUCCUGCCUGUGCUCCAGGGUCCUGAUGCGGACCCCCGGCUGAGGAUGGACACCUCCCAGGCCGCCUUGUUCGGCUCAAUCUACAUGCUGGGUGUGGCCUGCGGUGGACUCGGGGCCAUGCUGCUUAAUGACUUGAUUGGCAGAAAGCUGAGCAUUAUGGUCUCAGCCAUCCCUUCUGCUAUUGGGUACCUGUUGCUGGGAGGGGCUACGGAAUUAUGGAUGCUCCACUUGGGCCGCUUCCUCACUGGUGUCGCCGGGGGGGUGACAGCGGCGUCCAUUCCUGUUUAUAUUUCAGAGAUCUCCCAUAAAUCACUGAGAGGAGCACUGGGAACCUGCCCUCAGAUUACUGCUGUAUUCGGAGCGCUGGCGCUCUAUGCUUUGGGGCUAGUGUUACCGUGGCGGUGGCUUGCGGUGGCAGGAGGUGUGCCAGCAUUGCUGAUGGUACUGCUGCUAGUCUUCAUGCCUUACUCCCCCAGAAGGCUCCUCUCUCUGGACAGAGCGGAGCAGGCCGAGCGCGCCCUUCACUGGCUGAGGGGAGCUGACUACGACAUACAAAGCGAGCUGGAUGCCAUCAAGCACAGCAUACGCCUGCAGAGCCGCGUCUCCUGGUACGAGCUGGCUAAGCCGGUCUACUACCGGCCAAUUCUCAUCUCUGUGGGCAUGCGUUUCCUGCAGCAGCUGACCGGCAUCAGCCCCAUUCUUGUCUACUUGGAGCCCAUCUUUUCGCAGAGCAAUGUCUCGCUGGAGCCCAGGUACGAUGCUGCAAUUGUGGGGUUGGUUCGCCUUGUUUCUGUCAGCUUGGCAGCGGUUUUGAUGGACAAAGCGGGGCGCAAAGCUCUGCUGUACACCUCCAGUUUUCUGAUGUUCCUGGCCACACUGACCCUGACCGUGACUUCACACACCACACCUUACCAACCAAGGCCCACGCCUCAGAACUUCACCGCAAGUAUGGAGCGCAACCUUCACUCUGACGUCACUUGGCUGGCAAGCAAUCAAACACCCGCAGGACCCAUUCCAAUUAUCAGCGUUGUGAUAUUUAUAUUUGGAUAUGCCAUGGGAUGGGGCCCGAUCACGUGGCUGCUCAUGUCAGAGGUGUUGCCACUGGGUGUCAGGGGCGUGGCCUCGGGCCUGUGCGUCACCGUGAGCUGGUUGACGGCCUUCGUGCUCACGGACGCCUUCACUCACCUGGUGGACAGUUACGGCCUUUACGUGCCGUAUUCUAUUUUCACGGUGGUAUGCGUGGUGUGUCUGCUCUUCACCGCCUGGUGCGUCCCAGAGACCCGGGGCAGAUCUCUGGAGGAAAUCGAGAACUAUUUCAGGGCACGCAGAUUUACUAUUAAUCAUGAUCAUGUCAAUGCACUUGCGACAUGAAGGACUUCUCACUCACAAAGACUUACUAUAAACAAAACUACUGCUUCUGUUACCAUUGUGUCUUUUUCUUGUAAAUACACUAAAUAUGAUAUCAA